GACACAUCAAUGUAACCUUAAAGUGUACAUAUUUUAAUGUGACGACUGUCGUAUAUUUUGGAGUAUUUUGGUAAACAUAAGAGUGCAUAAAAGUAAAAUUGUUCCACUAAAAAAAGCUAAGUACUUUAAAAAUAGUUAACAACAAUAAUAACAACAAAUAAAAAUGAAUAUUUUACCAAAAAAAAGAUGGCAUGUAAGAACAAGAGAUAAUAUUGCUCGUGUUCGUCGUGAUGAAGCACAAGCUGCUGAAGAAGAAAAAGCCAAAAAAUCAAGGAUUCAAAAAGCAGAAACUGAAGCAAGAAUUGACAUACUAAGAUCAAAAGCUCGACAAAAAUAUGAUGGUAGAAAUGAACAACAAGAAGAAGAUAUAAAAAAACCAGAAAAAUUAGAACAUGUAAAUUUUUUUCGUGAUCUUGAACAAGGUAUUGUUGAUUAUAAUAAACCAAAUGCUGAACAUGAAGCUGAAAAAAAAGCUGAAAAAGAAAAAUAUGAAAAACAAAUUGGAUACUUAACUUAUCUUGGUCAAGAUACAAAUGAAUCAACUGGUAAAAAAAAUUGGUAUGAUCAAAUACCAGCACGUUUAAUUGAUAAGGAAAAAAAAACUGAAAUAUAUUCAAAAAAUAAAACAAUUGAAGAUCCAAUGAGUGUUAUUAAAAAAUACAUAAAAACUACAUCUUCAUCAACAUCAGUGUCAUCACCAAAUAAAGAUAUAAUUAAAAUUGAAAAUACAAAAAAAAGAAAACGUCAAUCAGACAGUGACAAUGACAACGACAAUGAUGAUGAUAAAAAUAAAAGAAAAAAACAUAAAAAAAACAAAAAGAAAAAGUCAAAAAAACAUAAAUCAGAUAAGUAUGAUGAUGAUAAUGAUGAUAAAAAACCAAGUAAGUUAAGUAUCGAAAAAUUAAGACAAGCAAGAUUAUUAAGAGAACAAUCUGAAAAAACUAAAACAGAACAACUAUUAGCAAAAUUAAGAGGUGAUCCAUUACCAAUUGUUAUUAAAGAAGAACCUAAACCAACAAUACGACAAAAAUAUAAUUCACAGUAUUGUCCAGAAAUAGCUAGACAAAAUGCUGAAAGAACACCAAGACAUUAAUUUUAUUAUUAAUCUAAUAAUAGCAAUAGUAAAUUUAUAAUUUAUUCAUUUAUCAAUUAAAUAUUAACUGCAAAUUUUAUAUUUAAAAAU